AUGGGCAACAUCAGUGGAUCUGCUUUGAGAACUCAUACUGGAGAAAAACGCUAUGAGUGUGGUGAAUGUGGAAAGGCUUUCAGCCAAAGUACAUGCCUCACACAACAUCAGAGGAUUCAUACAGGAGAGAAACCUUAUGAAUGCAAUCAGUGUGGGAAGGCCUUUAGCCAAAGUUCACAUCUAACUCUGCAUCAGAAAACUCAUACUGGGGAGAAACCCUAUGAGUGUAAUCAGUGUGGCAAAGCCUUUAUUCAGAGCUUUCAACUUACUCUGCAUCUAAGAACUCAUUCUGGAGAGAAACCUUAUGAAUGUACCGAACGUGGUAAAACCUAUAGUCAUAGCUAAUCUCUAAUGCAACACAAGAGGAUUCAUACUGGAGAAAAACCCUUUGAAUGUAAAGAAUGUGGGAAAGCCUUUACCCAGAGCAUUCAGCUUACUUUACAUCUGAGAACACAUACUGGAGAAAAACCCUAUGAAUGUACUGAAUGUGGCAAAGCCUAUAGUCCUAGGUCACAUCUUACUCAACACCAGAGAAUUCAUACUGGAGAGAAACCCUAUAAAUGCAAAAAAUGUGACAAAUCUUUCAGCAGAAGUACACACUUUAAUCAACAUCAAAGAAUUCAUACUGAAGAGAAACCCUACAAGUGUAAAGAGUGUGGGAAAACCUUUGGUCAGAGUGCAUAUCUGACUCAACACCAGAGGAUGCAUACUGGGGAAAACCCCUAUCAAUGUAAGGAAUGUGGAAAGGCCUUCACUGUAAAUGCAUAUCUUGCUCAACAUCAAAGGAUUCAUAAGAGAAAGGAACCUUUAUUAUGUGCCAAUCACAAAGAAAUUCUGACUGGAGAGAAAUUCAGCAAAUGUUUUUAA